GAGUUCACCUAAAGAGGAGCAUAGAGCCAGAUGAAUUAACUGUCAUCAUACUAACGUCAUUGUCAUUUCAUUUUUGUGUAGUCAAUUACCUCCGGUUUAUUGGGGUGCGAUUAUAAAUUAAUUAAAAUAAUUUCUUCGUUGUACGGACUACACAAUAAAAAAUGGCAAUGGCACUUCGUAACAUGUUGAGGGGUGCUGCAAGGAGACUGCAAGUUCGAAGCUAUGCUGAUGCGCCAAAGGGCGAUGAAAUGGCGCUUACAUUUGCUGCUGGUAAUAAGGUUUUCUAUGAUAAACAAGUAGUCAAGCAAGUGGAUGUUCCAUCUUUCAGUGGAGCCUUUGGUAUUCUGCCAAAACAUGUACCCACACUUGCUGUUUUGCGCCCUGGUGUCGUCACAGUGACAGAGAACGACGGAAAGACGACUAAGAUCUUUGUCUCCUCCGGCACAGUUACAGUCAAUGAUGAUUCCUCAGUUCAGGUCCUUGCAGAAGAAGCGCACCCCCUAGAAAACUUGGACAGAAGUGCGGCGCAGGAAGCCCUCAGCAAAGCUCAAUCUGAGCUAAGUUCAGCUGGCAAUGAUAAGGCGAAGGCAGAGGCAGCUAUCGCCGUCGAAGUUGCAGAAGAGAUCGUCAAGGCAGCCACCGCGUAAAGAAAUUUACUCAUACAUAUAGUUAUUUAUCAGUUCAAGUAAAAUAUGUAUUCCACCUGCGUAGAGCUAAUCAUUUGAUUACCUUACUUUUGUUAUUUAAUCGAGGAUAUUUAAAAUAAAACAAGGAUUUAGUUGA